AUGGGAUUUGAUGGCCCAAAUGAGGGAGAUGUUGUUUAUAGAAAGGCAGAUCUUGAAGAUGCAGAGAAUGAAGAUGUUUGGGAUGAUAGUACGCUGAUUAAAAUGUACGAUGAAAUGAUCAAUCGAACUUAUGAUUCACUUGGUGCACAGUGUACUUUGGCAACAAAAAAAAAGAAGAAAUCUCGCAAGUGGCAUGUAGGCGAUCAUUGCAUGGCACCUUAUUAUGGUGAUCAGCUAUGGUAUCCAGCGGUUGUUAAAAGCCUUGAUUUGGAUGACGGCAAAUGUGACGUGCUUUAUGAUGUUUAUGAUGAAUUAGCACGCGUUAGUAUUGCGGAUCUCACAAAGUGA